CAAAUACAGGAAUAGGUUUAGAAACAGCAAAAGCACUAGCCAAAUAAGGAGCGAAAAUAAUACUAGCUUGUAGAGACGAAAAUAGAGGGAAAAACGCAGAAUUGUUGGUCAAUUAAAUAAGAGAGAAAUCCGCUCAUUUUAUGAAAUUAGAUCUUUCUGAUUUAUCAUAAAUUCGAUUAUUUGUAAAUGAAUUUAAAUAAAAAUAUGAUAGAUUAGAUGUUUUAUUAAAUAACGCAGGACUAAUGAGCCCUUCGGAAAGACUUUUAACAAAAGACGGUUUUGAAAUUUAAUUUGGAACAAAUCAUUUAGGUCAUUUUCUUUUGACAAAUUUGCUUUUAGAUUUACUUAAAAAGACUUAAAAUUCUAGAGUUGUUAAUGUUUCCUCAAUGGCUCAUUUCAAUAAAUUUCCCUGUUAUUCUAAAAUACACUUGGAUGAUUAUAAUUUUGAGAAAAAAUAUUGUAUGUAUUAAACUUAUGGUUAGAGUAAAUUAGCUAAUGUUCUUUUUACAAAAUAAUUGUAAAGAAUUUUUGAUAAAGAAAAUUUAAAAAUAAAAGCUGUUUGUUUACAUCCAGGUGUUGUUAGAACUGAAUUAUUUAGGUAUUAUAAUAAAGGUUAUAUGAAUUAUAUUAAUUCUCUAGUUUAUCCUUUAAUAAAUUUCUUUUUAAAAGUCCUUUAUAAGGCGCUUAAACUAAUAUUUAUUGUUCUAUUGAGGAUUUUGAUAAAUUAUAAGCAGGUGAGUAUUAUUCUGACUGUAAAGUUAAAAAAAGUUCUAAAGAAAGCUACGAUGAAAAUAUUGCUUAGAAAUUAUGGGAUUUAUCUUUUAAGUUGGUUAAACUUUGAAAUAUUUUAUAUUAUUUGAAAAUUAUAG